ACCGAAUCUGACCGAACGGCAACAUUGUGAAAAUUGCUCUAAGGUAAAACGAGGUGAUUAGCGUUUUGUUGAAAUAUAUCGCGGCAUCGCGGGGAUCGUCUUCGCCGCGUUGAAUAACACGGCAUCGUCAAGUGAUUGUUGAGUUGCGGGUGGAGCGCUACGUCAGCGAGGCAUCGCCAAUUGAGUCUUAAGAGGAGGGCGUGCUUGGACCGGCGUCGCACAUUUGCGCUUGUCACAUUGUUCGCGUUCGUCAAAAAUGGCGUCCGACCCAAAUUACAAGUUUCGGAUGCAAGUGUUCAAGAAUAAAGGAAAAGAUCAAGAUGAGAUGCGUCGAAGGAGAAACGAGCAGACGGUGGAGCUACGCAAAAACAAGCGCGAGGAAACUCUCCAGAAGCGUAGAAACGUACCAAAGCCAGAUUCCACAGAUGAAGAUGAUGUUGAUAGGUCUGCCAACUUGGAUAAACUGGUACAGCAAGCCGGACAGACUGCAGAUCCUCAACUGCAGCUCUCUGCAGUGCAGUCUGCUCGCAAGCUGCUCUCUUCCGACCGCAACCCGCCCAUUGACAACUUAAUAUGCAGUGGUAUUCUGCCAAUUCUUGUGAAUUGCCUUAAAUGUCACGAUAAUCCACCCCUGCAGUUUGAGGCAGCGUGGGCGUUAACAAAUAUUGCGUCCGGCACAUCGCAGCAGACGAAUCAGGUGGUGCAAGCGGGCGCUGUACCGUUGUUCUUAAAUCUUCUGCAAUCGCCGCAUCAGAAUGUGUGUGAACAGGCGGUGUGGGCGCUAGGUAACAUCAUUGGCGACGGGCCCAAUUUGCGCGACUAUGCGAUUGAAUUAGGCGUUGUCAAACCUCUACUCUCGUUUAUCAAUCCCGGCAUACCCAUCUCCUUCCUGAGGAAUAUCACGUGGGUUAUUGUGAAUUUAUGUAGGAAUAAGGAACCGCCACCGAGCAUUGUCACGAUUAAGGAGCUGCUGCCAUCUCUGAAUCUUCUUAUUCACCAUUCAGAUAUUAAUAUUUUAAUUGAUACUGUGUGGGCGUUGAGUUAUCUAACAGACGGCGGCAAUGAGCAGAUUCAACUUGUUAUCGAUAGCGGCGUGGUGCCGAAACUGAUACCUCUUCUCAGCCACAAGGAAGUGAAGUUACAAACGGCCGCUCUGCGCGCCGCUGGUAACAUUGUCACCGGCACCGAUGAGCAGACGCAGGUUGUGCUUAACUGUGACGCGCUUUCGCAUUUCCCAGCGCUGCUCUCGCAUCAAAAGGAGAAAAUCUGCAAAGAAUCGGUCUGGUUCCUAUCGAAUAUCACCGCCGGCAAUCAGACGCAGGUGCAGGCCGUCAUCGAAGCUGGUCUGCUGCCGAGUAUCAUCCAGAACCUCAGCAAGGGAGACUUCCAGACGCAAAAGGAAGCCGCCUGGGCGAUUAGUAAUCUCACUAUUGGUGGCAAUCGCGAUCAGGUUAUCAAACUUAUACAGGAGGGCGUAAUUCCGCCGUUCUGCGACUUGCUGAACUGUAAAGACGCGCAGGUUAUUCAGGUGGUGCUCGACGGCAUCAACAAUAUGCUCAAAAUGGCCGGCCCGCAGGCGGAUCAUCUCGCUAACAUGAUUGAGGAAUGCAAUGGGCUGGAUAAGAUUGAGAGUCUACAGAAUCAUGACAAUAUCGAGAUUUACAAGUUGGCCUAUGAUAUUAUUGAACAGUACUUUAGUGGUGAUGGUGAAGACGAUCCAAACUUAGCGCCGACCGUUGGCGAUACUGAAUUCCAGUUUGACCCGAGCACAAAUGUGCCCAAUGAAGGCUUCAAAUUCUAGACAAAAAGAAAAGCAACACACAGAAACCAGCAAGCAAGACGUAACCGAAACUAAAGAUAAGCAACUGUUAUUAUAUCUUCUUCGUAAAUAAUGCUGCGACAAAAUUCAAAGUGAACACACACCCUUCACACUGACAUAACAACACACAAGACACACACACAUUUAGUUGCAUUUCGUGCAAACGAAUAUCCUCGACGAAAUGAAUGCCAUGUUACGCUUCCAACGACAGUGUGUGCCCACUGUAGACACUGACAGACAACAUUUUAUACUUUUACGCGCAUAGUAAACGCGACUUAUCGUACGUAUCAACUCGUUGAUAUCUGGAUAUGAGUUUUUCUUUUGCUGUCUAUUUGCUGUCCUCAUCAUCGUGAAUGCAAUAAAAAGACACUUUGCUUCGAUCAGAAUUGAAAUUUUAAUCAUGUUAGGUUAUUAAGCGUCCUUUUAUCGCAUCGCGUGCGCUCGAGAGCAGCGAAUAAACACGAUUUUAUAAAUUUACGAAUUUAUUUCCGAAUGAGUAGGCAACCAUGAUUACAUAAGCAAUUAAGAAUGUGGACACAAUCAAUCGCGAUACACUCGAAACUUGCAAGAACAUCAACAACACAUGAAAUGCGACAAAAACUUUUAGGAUAUAUAAUAAAUUACUUUUUUAAUAUGACUUCUCUUUAAUUUACGGAAUCAAAUUUAGCGGUGUUAUUAAUUUUUUUCUUUGAAUGGAUGAUGGUUCAAUGAGCAAUUGUGGCGAGGCUGGGCGGCUCAAGGAGUGAAACAAGCGUGUGAUACAUUCGAUAUAAGCGUGUAUGUGAUCUUCAGUAUGACAUAAGUAGAAAGUAAUCUGCGCAUGAAUGUAACUUUGAGUUGAAACUUUUGAAUUUUUGGACGAUUUUCUCGGGUCAUGUUGUGUGUAUAUCAAUUAUUUGUAUGUAAACUAAUGAUGACUCUAUUCCACCAGCAAGCUAGUGCAAAUGUAUCAGAAUGUGAUUAUUAUGUUUGUAUGUAUCCUGGCGGCAUUAAUGAUGAUGAUUCGCUAUUAAUUUCAAAUAUAUGAACUUUAUAUGAGGGAAAA